GACAUGAAACUUGGCGAGCAAUAGAUAGAAAAACAAUGAGGCGUUUGAAAUGAAGACAUCAGAAUCAUGAUACUGGAGGAAAGAAGGGUAGGUAGAAUCCGCCUGCAACUCCGCCCAUCCAAGCAAAAAUGGCAGUUACGUUGUCGCGUGACUCUUUUAUUUACACCAGAUAAUUCCUUUCCGUCAAUCACAACAUACAACCAAGAAUCACCUCAACAAUUUUCUCACUUCCCACCGACAUCAUCAAAAAUGGCAAUUAUACCUGGAGUCCCAUUUAUUCGAGUGACAGUUAACGCUCCUAAGAUUGCAGCAGAAUAUCCAGAUCUUGACGACUAUGAAGAUGAGAACAUGCAAAAUGGCCCUCAACACAAGAUGUCUGUUUAUAUCGAGUCCAAGUCGGGUACUAAGUUUGGAUUACAAUACUAUAUUGAUCCUGCAAAAAUUCCAAGGUUUCACAAGAAGAAAAAUUACUGCUUGGGAUUCUUUGCUACAGUUGAUGGUAAAAAGACGAGUUCAACGGUGAUAUGCAAUGAGAAUGGAUUCAAACCAAACAACUGGGUGCAUUUCUUAGCAGGUGAUCGUCUUAGAGAACCUGGCAACACAAAACUGAGACCAUUCCAGUUUUCCGAGAUCCAAAUAGGUAGACCAAUCUUUCAUUCAAUCGUGCAGAUAGCUGAUGUUGAUUCGGUAGGAGACGACGUCCCGUUCUCGCACAACCCAAAAGAAGUUUCGCAGCUCGGAGAACUCAUAGUCCAGGUUUGGCGUGUCCGUAAAGUCGUUCCGGUAGCAACUCCGAUCUCCACACCGGAACAGAAGGCGAUGCCAAUAAACACAAAGUUUCAUGAAAGACAGUUGAAGGGCAGAGCUGUAACCCAUGCAACAGAAUUUGGGAAACCACAAAAAAUAUCGGAUCAGGAGACAUUCUACCAGCUUGAAUAUAUUGAUCCAGUUAGCAAGCCACUCGCCGAGUUCCGUUUCAAAUACAGAUCAAGGGAGGUUUUGCAACAGAUGAUGAUACUUCCCCGAGACCGGGGAUUGACACCAAAAGGCAAUCCAGCUCCUUUGCCUUCGAAACCUUUACCCCGGAUACCAGCACAACCUACCCUGAUUGAAAGCACUACCAAAAGACCUUGUGUUCCUAACAAUGACGCUGUUAAAGGAACCCAAGCGUCGACAGCUCAAAAGCUAAAGCCUAUUGCUGAAAUGGCCAUACCACCCCAAACAACCACAAGGUUGGUAACCACAGGUAGAUCAUUCGAUCAGGUAACUGGUGCCUUCUUGUCUAUGCCAGUACCAUCCUCACUGUCAGUAAUCACUAGCAGGUCAUUUGACCAGACAACGAGCAACUUGUCCACUACUGCAUUUUCUUCAUUGGCAACACCAACUCAAAAACUCGGUCAGAUUUUUCCCAAAGGUACGAUUGGCCGUAUGUUCGCAUCAGCCCCGAAAGUGGUUCCAGCAACGCCAACUGUUGUCGGGAAAGAGAUCAGAUAUCCAACAACUCCUGCUUUUGGAUCAAUUUCACAGGUAGCACCACCAAGUUCCAUUUUGAAAGCUAGACUUGCAAUGCCGGUAGAGACACCAACAAACGCAAUGUUUAAACCAAAUUCUGUGGCCCUCGCAUCAGGCGAAACGUCCGACAAAAGCAUCAAUAAUCAAGGAGGUGAAUCAGUAGACAACCAGAACAACAACCAAAGACCUUCAGAACUUUCAGUCACACCUGCCACACCUACACCUAUCGGCCAAGUAGUUUUGGAGCCUGGUACUACUCCAUUUACACGAGUACUGAUAGAAAUCCAAAGAAGUUUAGGUCAGUUAAGAGACAUGGCAAAGGGUUUCAACGUUACGAACGCAGUCGAGGUCCAAGAGGAGAUCUCACGGGUCGUUAAUGAAGUGCAGACAGAGGUCGAAAGACAGGCUAUACCUGAGGUGAAUCUGAAGCGCGAGCAUGUAGUUGAACGCGAUGAAGAUGAACUCGAAGUUAUACUUGAGCGUCCUGUUAAAAGACGACACAUCUUUACAGCUGAAGAUGAAAUCAUCGAUUUAACUGCCGACUGAUCGACCGGGUAGAAGCGCGAGGAGGGGCAGUACUAGCUAGUUGAAACUGCUACACAUAAACUAACGUGGGAGAAAUGGUUCCGGCGAAACGAAAUUCUGCGAAGGAGCAUCGGGAAGGAUUUGAUCGACUGUUGGGCAGGUGUGAUAUUGGCGUUUUUACGACCUUGGAUGGCAUAUUUAUCUUCACGACCACAUAUGUAUACGAGUUGUAUUGAUGCA